AUGAUGCUGAGAAGUGUGCUAUUGCUCUCCAUUUUCGGCUCACUCACCGCCCAAUAUUUGUAUCCAGGGCAAACUCCUGGUGCAGCUCCACAAUCAGCACCCCAACAAAUCUCCGGUUCCAUUUAUGGACCCUCGCAGAGGCCGUACCAAUCACCGUAUGGAGCUCCUCAAGCGCCACCCCAGACUCCACCAGCCUAUGCUCAACGAGCACCUCAAUAUGGCCAACCCGGACCCCAACCGCGUGCCUAUCCACCACCCCAAUAUGCGGCUUCAGCUCCCGGCUAUCCGGCUCCACUAGUCACCCCACGAGCUGCCCAAUAUUCAGCCCCAGCUCCUGCCUAUUCACCGUAUGCUGCCCCACCACCCGCCUACAAUGCGCCAGCGUAUUCGGCUCCGGGACCCUACGGGCCUGCUACUGCGCCAUACAACCCUUGUGCUCAGCCACCAUGUGGAUAUGCUCCGGCUUCACCCGCCGCUCCGCCAGCUCCAGCUUACAACCCGGUAAGUGUUCUCAUAGAUGUACACAAAUCCCGGGCUUUUUUGCCACCGGCUUCUGCACCACAGCCGCAAGCCUAUCAACCACCGACACCACCACAACCCACCUAUCAACCACCUACACCACCACAACCCGCCUAUCAACCACGUACACCACCACAACCCGCCUAUCAACCACCUACACCACCACAACUCGCCUAUCAACCACCUACACCACCACAACCCGCCUAUCAACCACGUACACCACCACAACUCGCCUAUCAACAACCCACCGUCUCACUAUCGGCUCCUUACGGUUGUGCUCCGCCGGCUGCCUGUGCCCCUCCACCACCACCGCCACCACAGCCUGUCUACGCUCCGGCGCCAAUCCCUGAACCGCUUCCAUUGGCUGGCUGCGGUGUGCCUCCGUGCGGCUACCCAUUGGCGGCCCCAGUUGCAUUUCCAGCGCCGGCUCCGGUGUUGAGAGCUCCAGUGCUGCCAGCCGCUUUCCCGGGCGUCCCUGUGCCACCAAUCUACUUGGCACCUCAACUCUCCCCAUUGGCUCCUCCACUUGUUCCAGCUUAUGCUCCCGGUUUCUCACAAGCAAUGUUUAUCGGAAAGAGCAAGAAGAAAGCAUUUGCCCCAAGAAAAGAUCAACCAAAAGAAGAGGAAAAGAAAAACAAC